AUGGCUUGCGAUCUUCAUCACUUUCAUUGUCUUUUGAUUGGAAAUAGUGGACCUUCUAUAUCUCAUCUUAUGUAUGUUGAUGACAUGACAUUUAUUGGCGGUUGGUCGGAGAUAAAUUUUGUGAAUCUUAAUAGAUUACCUCGUUACUUUUUUAUUGCUUCAGUUUUGAAGGUGAAUCUUCACAAAAGUAAGGUGUAUGGUAUUGGUGUUGAUAAUUUGGAGGUUAACAGACUUUCCAGCAUCUUCAAAUGUGAGUCCAUUUCGUUUCUGUUUAUUUAUCUUGGGUUUCCACUGGGGAUGAAUAUGAAACUUGCCAAAAAUUGGAAUCUAGGAAUGGAGAAGUUUAAGAAGAGGUUAUCAAAUUGGAAGGCGAAAGCGUUGUCUUUUGGUGGUCGUCUCACUCAUGUGAAUUCGAUCUUAAAUAGAUUGCCUCUGAACUAUUUUUCAAUCUUUAGAGCUCCAAGGAAGAUCAUUCUUAUGCUUGAUGGUAUUAGAAAGAGGUUUCUUUGGGGCAAUGAUGGUGAAAAGAGAAAAAUAAAUUUGGUUUCUUGGGAUUUAGUCACUAAACCUAAGAGAGAGGGAGGUCUUGGUGUGGAUUCUCUCGAGUCGGCUAAUUUGGCUCUUCUUGCCAAAUGGUGGUAG